UUCACGACUUUACUCUUUGCUUUCUCAUGGAAAAUUGCAGGAAAUCUCCAUUGAAGCCAUGGAAGAAAGGCCCACCAAGAGGCAAAGGUGGCCCUCAAAACGCCAUGUGCGAGUACCGAGGAGUUCGCCAAAGAACUUGGGGAAAAUGGGUGGCAGAAAUCAGGGAACCCAAGAAGAGAACCAGACUCUGGUUGGGUUCUUUUGCCACGGCUGAAGAAGCUGCCAUGGCCUAUGAUGAGGCUGCAAGGAGAUUGUAUGGACCAGAUGCUUAUCUCAAUCUACCUCAUCUUCAGCCUGGCUCCAUUAAUCCUCUAUUUACCAGCGAAUCACAGAAGUUCAAACGGAUUCCUUCCAAGAACUUCAUUUCUAUGUUUCCUUCUUGUGGGUUGCUUAAUAUACAUGCACAACCUAGUGUUCAUGUUAUUCAUCAGAGGCUCCAAGAACUCAAGAAUAAUGGGGUUCUUGGUCAAUCCUCUAAUGUUUAUAGUUCAUCUUCUUCUGAUUCAAGAAAUGAAGCAAACAUUGUAUGCGAUAAAACCAACGUAGAAAAUCCUCCAGGAAUGGAGAAAGAUGUGGAAAUAACAUCAGAAAAUGUGGUGAGAUAUGAUGAGGAGAAACCUCAGAUUGAUUUAAAUGAGUUCCUUCAGCAACUGGGCAUACUAAAAGUAGAUGGGCAACCAGAAAACAAUGAUGCCACAGAAAGCUGCAUGGAGCAACAAUCUUCAUUAAAAGAUUAUGAUGAAGACAAUAAUCUUGCAGCCUUGGCAGAAAAGAGUUUCAACUGGGAUUCGCUGAUUGAGAUGCAUGGAAUUGCGGAUUAUCGAGCAGGAGAAUCAUCAAGUUUCCAAGUUUAUAAUGUCCAAGAAGAACCCGCUUUCCCACCUUCCAUUUGGAACUUCUAGCUAGCUAGCUAGGAGGUAUCAACAGAUUUUGGUAGAGAUACAUGCGUACCCUCGCCGAAUAUUUUGGAAAUAGGACUGUUUGGUGCUCCUUUACCAAGUUUAGGCUGUCCACUGCUCUUCCCAAUUAUCGUAAUAAUUUCUUUCCAUUAGUGGCUUAGAUUCAUAUUAGAGUCCAGAAAGCAUCACCUUGGAACAUGAGAGACAGAGAGAGACUUUGCUGUAGUAAUCUCAUUGGCUCGGUUGGAAAAGUAAAUUCACUUGUUACAGCUGCUGUAGCAGUGAAAUAGUUCAUUCGACCUAUGAUUGUCAUCGAUGUGAACUUACCAGAUGUUCCUUUUGUUCCUGUUCCAGCAUUUUGUAUAGCUUUGUUCCUGGCUAGACUAGGGAAAUUCUACAAUUUAUAAAACUAUCAAAGGAAUUAUUCUUCUUGUA